AUCCUCGCUCUCCCCUCUCUCUCAGGAUUGGAUGAUCAUUCACUGAAUCUUCUCAUUCCUCCAUAUCUCUCUCUCUCUCUCUCUCUCUCUCUCUCUCUCUCGUGGCAAAGAAAAGGGAAAUUAAGCAUGGAGUGGCUGCAGGAUCCAGUGGUGAUGCUAUUUUUGCCGCUAGCUUUGGUGUUCGUCUUGUUGAUGCGGCGGCGGCGAAAGCUGCCGCUGCCGCUGCCGCCGGGGCCGCGGCCGCUGCCCGUGAUCGGCAACAUGCUGAUGAUGGACCAGCUGACGCACCGCGGGCUGGCGAAGCUGGCGGAGCGCUACGGCGGCCUCCUCCACCUCCGGCUGGGGUUCCUCCACGCGGUCGCCGUCUCCACCCCCGACGUCGCCCGCGAGGUGCUGCAGGCGCAGGACAGCGCCUUCGCCAACCGCCCGGCCACCAUCGCCAUCGCGUACCUCACCUACGACCGCGCCGACAUGGCCUUCGCCCACUACGGCCCCUUCUGGCGCCAGAUGCGCAAGCUCUGCGUCGUCAAGCUGUUCAGCCGCAAGCGCGCCGAGUCCUGGGCCUCCGUCCGCGACGAGGUCGAUUCGCUCAUGCGGUUCGUCGCGAGGAGCAGCGGCACCGCCGUCAACCUCGGCGAGGUUAUAUUCAACCUCACCAAGAACAUAACCUUCCGCGCCGCGUUCGGCACGCAGAGCCACGAGAACCAGGACGAGUUCAUCUCCAUCCUGCAGGAGUUCUCCAAGCUCUUCGGCGCGUUCAAUGUCGGCGACUUCAUCCCCUGGCUCGGCUGGAUGGACCUGCAGGGGAUCAACAAGCGGCUCGCGGCGGCGCGGGAAGCGCUCGAUCGGUUCAUCGACAAGAUCAUCGACGAGCACCUGAAGAGCCCCAAGGAGGCCGACGCCGACGACGCCGACAUGGUCGACGACAUGCUCGCCUUCCUCGCCGACGCUCCCUCCGCCGGAAAAUCUGACGGCCAAGCCGCCGGGGAUCUUCAGGGUUCCCUGCGGCUCACGCGGGAUAACAUUAAGGCCAUUAUCAUGGAUGUGAUGUUUGGCGGGACGGAGACGGUGGCGUCGGCGAUCGAGUGGGCGAUGGCGGAGCUGAUGAAGAGCCCCGACGACAUGAGGCGCGUGCAACAAGAGCUCGCGGACGUCGUCGGGCUCGACCGCAAGGUCCACGAGAGCGACCUCGACAGGCUCCCCUUCCUGAAAUGCGUCGUCAAGGAGACCCUCCGCCUGCACCCGCCGAUCCCCCUCCUCCUCCACGAGACCGUCGAGGACUGCACGGUCGCGGGCUACUCCAUCCCCAAGAAGUCGCGCGUCAUGAUCAAUGUGUGGGCUAUCGGGCGCGACGCGUCUGCAUGGAAGGACGCUAACGCCUUCCGCCCCUCACGGUUUGCGCCCGGGGGCGACAGUGCCAGUGUCGACUUCAAAGGCAACUUUUUCGAGCUCCUGCCGUUCGGUUCGGGCCGACGGUCGUGCCCCGGGAUGCAGCUCGGUUUGUAUGGACUAGAACUCUCGGUGGCGCAGCUAAUGCACUGCUUCAACUGGGCCCUGCCAAACGGAAUGAAGCCGAGCGAACUCGAUAUGUCGGACGUGUUCGGGCUCACCGCACCCCGCGCAGUCCGGCUCUGGGCCGUCCCCGCGCCGAGGCUCACUUGCUCAUUGAUUUGACAGAAUGCAGUGGACGGGCGUUCAGAGAAAAACCAAAAAAAACAAAAUUCUCUCAAACUAGUCCUUUGAGAUGCACAUCGGUAUCUGAAAAGACGAAUCUGACAGAAAGGUUUCUGGACGCCCCUGUAAGUUUUCAUGGAAGGUUUUGCGUUUUUGGGAAAGGGAUGGACAGGAGGGGGGAGAACAAGUUCUACUUGUAAUUUCUAUAGCAGAAACAAUAAGUUUGUGAAUUUCUAUAGGGUUUGAUGAAACUGUGUAAUUACUAUGGGGUUAAAAUUGGUUUGAAACUCUUUGAUCUCAUUAAUAAAUAUAAAUACUAUGUAUUUUUAUCUUGUAAUAA